AUGGGGGCGGCGGGGUCGAGCAUCCUGGGCGCGGACGGAGAGUGGGGGGAGACGUCCCUCGGCGACAUGCCGGAGAGCUGCGUGGCGGCGGUGCUCCUCUACCUCGACCCGCCGGAGAUCUGCCAGGUGGCCCGCCUCAACCGCGCCUUCCGCGGCGCCGCCUCCGCGGACUGCGUCUGGGCCGCCAAGCUCCCCGCCAACUACCGCUACCUCGCGGCCCUAGCCGCGGCCGCCGAUGACGAGGGCCGUGGCGAUGGGGAUGCCAAUGGCAAGCGCUUCUCCCUUGCGGCGACCAAGAAGGAAAUUUACGCUCGCCUGUGCCGACCCACCCUCUUUGAUGCCGGCACAAAGGAAUUCUGGAUUCUGAAGAACAAGGGAGGUCUUUGCAUCAGUAUAUCAUCAAAGGCGAUGACUAUUACCGGGAUAGAUGAUCGGAGGUACUGGAGUCACCUUGCCACAGAGGAAUCAAGAUUCCAUAGUGUUGCCUAUCUUCAGCAGAUUUGGUGGCUUGAGGUAGAUGGGGAGCUUGAGUUCUGCUUUCCUGAUGGUGCCUACAGCGUUUUUUUUCAUCUUCACCUGGGUCGACCCUAUAGGCGCAUGGGUCGUCGGCUUUGUGGAACUGAGCAUGUGCACGGGUGGGAUGUCACGCCCACACGGUUCCAGCUCACAACCUCUGAUGGGCAGCAGGCCACAUCAGAAUAUUAUCUGCAUCUAUAUGAACAAGGGGGCUGGAAGCUUUACCAUGUUGGUGAUUUUGUCGUAUCAGACUCUGAUGAGCCCAUCAAACUCAAGUUCUCGAUGAUGCAGAUCGAUUGCACACAUACGAAAGGCGGCCUGUGCGUUGACUCCGUAUUUAUAUAUCCUAAAGGGUACAAGCCUGAGAAGGCGAACAUAGUCUGCGAGUAG